UAAGACACCGGAUAUGGUACUAAAGGAAACUCGCGAAAAAAGAAAAAAUAUUAUAAACAAAAUAGAGGAUAUUCUUGAUGGAAUAAACACGAGUGCUGAAGAUGGUGAGGCACCAAAACUGAUUAUCAGAAAUCAGAAAUUGUGGAGUAAUUGUAUUUAUGAUAUGGAUAGAGUGACGCUAAAGAAUAUAAGUAAUGCUAAAACUUCAAUAGUACGUAGUAACGGUGAAGAAAAGUCACGAUUCAAUACAAUCGUAUUUGUAUUAUCAAAAGUCCAUGAAUUAGUCGUUAAGAAUAUGACAGUCACCAGAAGAGAACUAUAUUACCAAAAAAUACAACGGUUUCGUAAUCAAGUAGAGUUAGACGUAGCAGUAAGAGAUGUCUGCUGUCUUCUUGAGACUCCUCCCUGGGAGUUGGGUAUUGUAGCCACAGCAAAAGGUCUCAUUGCAGGACCCCUGCAAAUCGUAAACAGGGAUGGGUCUAUUGUCGAUUGCAUGACUCCUGGAGGAACUAUAAUACCUCAAGAUAUAAAUGGCGUAAAACAACUAAAUUCAUCAGCAAAAUACAUUUUAGUUGUGGAAAAGGACGCAAUAUUUCAAAAGCUACUCGACGAAGGGGCUUUAGUUAGAUUAUCUCCUGUUAUAAUUAUUACGGGUAAAGGAUAUCCUGAUGUAUGCACUCGACAAUUGCUCUGUCUCCUUGUGUCUGAGUUAAAAAUACCAGCUCUUGCCUUAGUAGACGCUGAUCCGCACGGCUACGAGAUAUUUCUUACUUAUAAAUAUGGAUCACUGGCUCAAUCUCACCUAUCCUCCAGCCUAGCAUGUCCGAAAUUAUUAUUACUCGGAGCCCGAAUCCAGGAUGUUUUAACAUUAGCCCCAACCAGCUCCAGACUCCCACUCAACACUCGGGACAAACGUAAACUCAACGCUUUGAUAAAAAGACCAUAUCUUCAUACUGUGAUAGGUUUUAAAAUCAAGGAAGAGUUAAUGUCAAUGUUAGACUUCGGAAUUAAGGCAGAGAUAGAAUCUUUGGCUUCUUCGGCAUCGGCUUUAUGUGACUCAUACCUUCCUUCGAAAAUAAUUCAAAGUGAUUAUUUGGGUUAAGAUGAAAUAAACAAUUUGGAUUUA